UUGAAUGCUCCGCCCUGGGUGUCCUUGACAAGAGAGAUGGUUUCUGCUACAAAAUUCAUCCAGAGGCUGCGGAACUGGGCGUCUGGGCAUAAUCUUCAAGAAAAACUACAGCUGCGGUAUACAGAAAUUGCUAGCAGGACUCCGCCACCUCCAGCUCUACCCGUGGGUCCAAGUCAUAAAUUUGCCAACAACUAUUAUUGUUCACGUGAUGGACGCAGAGAAGCUAUGCCUCCUUCAAUUAUUAUGUCUUCCCAAAAGGUUCUAGCUGCUGGAGAAACCAUAGUCAGCUCAGAUUCAGCGGUUUCAAAAGCUACAAAAAAGCCAGCGACGCCUGGAAUCUGCCCUCCCAAAUGGGAAUUGUCAAGUGAUCAACCAUACCUGUGAACGCUUCAUGGAAGAUUUUUCAUAUUAAUCCUAUUAAACCUAAUAUUAGCUGUACUGUAAAAUAAAUAAACUCUGAAAGUA